AUGGCCACCAAUGUCUUCGAGCGUGCACCGCCCGAGUUCAGCCGCGUAUUGCAAGGCCUCCCAGCGCCCUCGGUUUAUGGCGGUCUCCCGGACCAGGUAGAGAACUACAGGCUCUUCGCCAUGGCCAAUUACAUCUACGCCGCUGUAGACCAAAGAUCGUCGGAAUGGACCGACUACACGAGCGCGUCGACUCCAUAUCUGCCUGCCACACCGUCCUCGCACUCUCUGUCUGGCGAUGACGCCCAUUUGCCGACUUACAUUCUUGAGCGCAGAGGAGCUGAGUCAGCUGCGCGCGUCGCUGAAGCGAUUCGGUCAGCGCUGCCGCGCGUGGCAGACAUAUGCGCGCGCCCGUCGGAGAGUUUGCCGGAGAUGGGCGUCUGGGCGUGUCCGCAAUGUGACAUGCCCAUUGACCCGCGAGAUCUCACCGUGGAUCAAAGAGUACUCAUCGCUGACCACCUGGGCGUCGGCGACGAUUCUGGAGUGCUGGAGAAUAACGACGGUCGCGUUCAGCUCGACCCCGCCAAUCCAUGGUUAUUCAUGCGCUGCGUCGACUGCCUGGGCUGGGCCCAUUUGGCGACGCACCUGCGUGCAGAGUGUCUCAUCCUUUGGUACCCUAGUCCCGUCUCCGCAUACAGGUCUGCGCCGGGAGUUUGGUGGGACGAGGAGCGACUAUCUCGGCGUCAAGUUUACAAACCUCUGCGCCUGGAAAACGAGGCUCUCGAGCGAACGGAGAGGUAUCAACUACGCAUGUGGAAAGCCAAGAAAAUGGUCUCGUUGGCUAAACGGGGCGUGCAUGCUGCUCGCUUUCAUCUUACACGCUGGCAGCGUGAAGCCGCACAAGCUCGUAAAAACAUGGUAAAGCAAAUGUUCACCGCCGGCCGCGGGAUCGUCGAUACUGGGUUGGCUCUUGUUGCGCUGAUGGAUACGGAAUGCGCCGACCCGGAACGUCAGCGGUGGCAAGCUCAGCGUGAUGAACACCGCGCUCUCCAGCUGGAAUGGGAGACUCGCAAGGACGAAUGGGCUCGUAUGUACCUAGGGGAUUGA